AUGACUGCUCACAUCCUUUCGCCCGCCCCUGGCGGCUUCAAUGGCUUACAAAGCUGGGUGCAGUGUGAUGAUCCCGUGGACCUCUUGUCCCGGGAGCAAGCCAGCAUUCCACGCCAACCGAUCGGAUUCCCCGUCGUCGCAGAGGGCCCAAAGGUCUGGUCCGGAUACGGCCGCGCCGCCCCCUCCCUUGACUCGUUGGUCAUUCAGCUGGAUCAAGCAGGCGUGAUCGAAGUAGAGGCCGCACUGGAGUCUUUCCUUGGCCUCGCAUUGGACGGUGAUGAGGUAAACCGAGACCGGUUCCCUCUCCCUAGGCUUGCAGGCCUCCUGGAACAAUGCGCCCAACAGAUACACCAUGGCAACGGCGUGUGUAUCAUCCGAGGUCUCGCAGGGCACCGCUCCCCCGAACACAACACCAUCAUCUUCUUGGGUAUCGCGAGCUACAUUGGUGGCCAGCGAGGUGUACAGAGUGCCAAAGGCGCCAUGAUCUGUGAGUGGCCUGACAGCCCCCUCCGCCGAGGGAUUGAGCUGACCAUUGAAGCCCAUGUCUACGAGUCCAAACUUUGGACGGUGCCGCGUGGGAAACGCCACGGAAUACACACCAAUGUCGGCCUGCCGUUCCACAACGACAUGGGAUGCGAUAUUCUGGCUAUGCACGUCCGUCAACGCGCUGCUACCGGGGGAGACUCCUAUGUGGCAUCGUGCGGCGCGGUCUACAACGAUUUGAUGACGACGAACGCGUGGGCGGUCCAUACCCUGACAGAAGCCAACUGGCCUAUUCAAGUUUCGCGACGAGGCUCAUCGCCUUACGUCCUCUCGCCACUGUUGACGUUCCACGAGGGCAACAUGAUGGUCUCCGCAGACCCUGCCCGUAUUGGCCCCCCUGCAUCCUCCACGGAUACUAGAAUCCCGAGCUUGUUGCCCGAACAGCACGAGGCACUCGCCUUGGUACAGCAGUCUGCCUCGAAACACCAGGUUCGGCUGCCAGCUUGCGCAGGUGACAUGGUCUUCCUGAACAACUGGGCCUUGCUCCAUGCUCGCGAGUCGUAUCGGGACGACGACGAAUCAACCAGACACCUGGUGCGUCUGUGGCUCCGCAACGAAAAACUCGCUUGGGACAUCCCGGCAUCCAUGAAGGUACCCUGGGAUGCUGCAUUUGGGGAGAGGUCCAAGGCGACCAAGAACAGACAGUAUCCGGUCAACCCCAUGCCUGAGUACAUGGAGCCCAAGUUUGGGAAUGGCACGGCAGCAUUCGUGGCGGAUGAAAGCGACGAGGAGACGGACAACUAG